AUGUCGACAUUUGAAACGUCUGUUAUCUCGCAGGAUGCCUUCACCGCAACCAUUACCACAACCACCACCACCACCGUCACCGCGACGGCCACAAAUACUCUCACUUAUAUCAACACUACCGCUGCCUCUAAUGCCAUCAUUGAGGCAUUCUGGACUGCAUUAAGCGUGGGAAUCACCAUCGCCAUCCUGGUGAUGCCUUUGCUCUGCUUCCUGGUGGGCAGGAACCGCGGCUCGGUGGCCGCAAUGGCUAUAGGAUGGAAGCACGGGUGGCGAGAGGGACACGAGGAAGGUUGGAGAAAGGGAAAGGAGGCCGGAGAGGCGAUGGGAGAGGUGGUGGCCUUAAGGGCCCAAGUGCAGCAGUACCAGUCGCCGCUAGCAGCGCAGGCGCAGGAGCAGGAGCAGGAGCAACAGGGUAGGCCCUAA